CGCGAAGCCGCUGAAUCGCGGCCCGAACGUGAGUUGUGCGCUGGCGACCGGGUGCGAGGUUCCCGAAUGCUGUAUCAAAAUGAAAAUCCUUCUCGUCAUACUCAAAGUGGAAUUUGUGUAGCAUGAUUUGUGAUCACAAAGGCAGUUGUGAUGCUUGUAGGGAAGAGAUGCAGGAGACUGUGCUUAGUGCUGUCCGGCGCGGGUAAGCCCUGCCACUCCAGCAUGACAGGAACCAACUGCAUUCGCCCAGAACAGAACGACAAAGCUCCUGAAAUACACAGGCCGCGAGUCUGUUUGUCCCUUUACCUUCCUAAAAUACAAAGGGAUCUGUGUACACAAGAAGUUGCGCACCGGAAAUCUCCUUUUGAUAUGGGGAGGGGGAUUUUUCCUCACAAUAUGCUGCGUGGUUGCCUCGGAGCCGUUCCGCUCGGUCACGACGUUGUCCAUGGACCUGCCCGUAUCCAGGUGAAAAGUGCCAUAUCCCCAGAAAUGGAGAAAAUUUCUGAUGCAUAAGGGUUUCAAAUGAAAAAUGCAUGAGGGGACUACGAGUCAUCUUCCUGGUCCAGAGCUGGCACUCUCGGAAGCAUGUUUCACAUGACAAUUUUUGCAGCCGCUAGGCUGCAUGGCGAAUUUAUGAUGCUGGAGGAUGUAGGUGGAUGCGGACAGCGUUUCCAUUCGGAGCUUUUGCACGCGCGAGCGCCCUCCGUUUCUGAGAUAGGGGUGCUUUUCACUUCCAUAGUCCGCCGAUGCGGACUACACGGAAGCCGAGCUGUUGGACACACUCGGUCCCCUAUCCUGUGUAAAGGCGUCCCCGCCGCAUACUUGCCAUGCAAAUCUGCAUGGGGUGUUUCGGAAUGUGUCAUGUUAGAACUAGGAUAUGCUGCUGAGCGAUUUAUCAUGCAGCCGCACUAGCUAAACACGACUACACUUCUGCAAGCCCAAUUUAUUAAUUUGUUCUGCGCAUUGCACAUAGCUUGUGGGUCUAUUGCGUAGCAACGACGUGUCCACGAUCUUGUUGACUUUCGGGCGGGGCUUUUUUUCUCAGGAUAUCCCAGCGUGAAAACCGGCCUCGAGCAGAGCAUCCGUGCCGUCGCACCGG